AUGGAUGACAAUCAGGGUGAAGACGUUGCAGAGACCGUCCAACCUGAAAUGGAAGAUGAGUAUGAAGCACCGGAAGGUGAUGGGUUAGCUGAACCCCUCAAGGAGGAUGAGUACGACUUCUACAAUCAGGAAUAUGAUGGUGACCAAUAUGACAACGAUGAGCCUGAAUCUGACAACAGAGUUGGGCUCAUGCACUACAAAGAUGAUGAGGCCAACAUUGCUGACUUUAUACUGUCGGACGAUGGCGAAAGCCCUUAUGAGUAUCUUACCGCCAUCCGUGAUCUAUCAGAUGAGGAGAUAUUAUCAUCGGGUCAUGAUGCAUGGGCAGAUCACCAUCCUGAGUUAUCUACUCAAGGAGUUGGAUCUAGUACCCUGGACUCGGAUGACAAGACAGUGCAUACAGUAUUCGUUGGAGAUGAUCCAUUGUCCAACGAAUAUGAGAUGUCGGUUGGUCCAGUGCCACCUCUGGUUAGUGAUCUUCAGUGCCGAAUAGAUGAUCUCGAGUUCGAGAACCAGUUAUUACGGGAAUCUAAUGAAGCACUUGGCCAGGAGAAUGAUCAACUGACUAUGGAUAACCGUGCACUGCUACAGAAACUCGGGAUAUGUGAUGCCCUUAAAGACGAUAUCUUAAGGUUACGAGCGCGCAUCCAGGAGUUCGAAUCCCAGGAUGUUCCGCCGUAUAUCUUGGCCAUUAAAGAAGUUAAGACACCUACAACUUCUGCGAUCACUACCCCUGUUGAUGGCGACUUAGUGCCAGUACGUAGCCGAUUGGUGUUACGUGAUACGCCAGGCAAUCGCCCAACACGAACGAAUUCAGAGCGUCAAUGCAUGACUGGCUACAUCCGCAUCAAUGGUAUAUUGGCCCAUGCAUUGUUUGAUUCAGGCAGCACGCUUGACUGCAUUAGCCCGGACUUUGCGUGUAUUGCGAAUAUCAUGUGUUUUGAGCUGAAUAACCCCACAUCCCUUCAGCUCGGCACUGUGGGUAGUCGCUUGAAGGUCAACUAUGGUGCUCAUUUGAAGCUUUCGAUUGGCGGUCACUCCAUUGAUCACUAUUUUGACGUGGCUAAUAUCGACCAUUAUGAUAUUGUAAUCGGCACACCGUUUUUGCGCGCAAGCCAUACGAUUAUGAACUUCAAGGAUAAUACAUUAUCGGUAUUCGGGAAGAUCAUUCCCUCACCUCCAAAGGGGGAGGGACAGGUUCAUACGAAUCACAUAAAGAGCAGGAAGCCUGCCAAGACGGAUCAAUCCCAUAAACCAGAAUGA